GACAAAUCGAACGCAGACAGAUCACAACAGUGUUUGUGCAAUUUUCAGGUCAUCUGUACUUCAAGGUCACGAACGUCAAAAAACGGCGAAACGGAAAAAUGUUCCUGCUUGGAGCGUCGAGGAAAAUGGACCGCGAAAUGUACCUGAAAAACAGCAAAUACCUCGGGAGCUGAUGUUUCUGUCAAGCUGCGUCCACGAGUUACUUAUCAUUGCAGGACAGAAUGGUGAAAUUGAAAGAUUUUCACAUCAUUUUGGACAGUAACAAAACGGUUUACUCGGCCGGCGAAUAUGUGUCGGGAAAUGUGGUGGUGGAGUUGCGAGGGGACAUGAAAAUGAGAGGUAUUCGAAUCUACAUGCGUGGACUCGCAAAGGUUCAUUGGAGUGAAUCACGAGGAGGAGGCCAUCAAACAGGCUCCUAUACAAAGUACUAUGACGCUGAGGAGGAAUAUUUCUACAUGAAACAGGUUCUCUUUGGAAAAGAUGAGCAUGAAGGAGGCAGUAAUCCUGUACUCAGAGCAGGACACCAUGAGCUACGAUUCAGCUUUCAAAUUCCUUAUGGGAGAGUAGCGACAUCUUUUGAGGGUAAAUACGGCCGUAUACGCUACUGGUUGAAGGCUGAGAUUGAUAAACCCUGGGGAUUCAAUAGUAAAACCAAACGAGCCUUUACAGUCAUUGACCAUAUCGACAUCAACACACCGGCACUUCUGGCUCCCCAGACAGGUUUUCAAGAGAAGACGGUGUGUUGCGGCCUGUGCGUUGCUGGUAACAUCAGCAUGUCAAUCAAGACGGACAGGAAAGGCUAUUGCCCUGGUGAAUCUAUCGCCAUCUCAGCUGAGCUUCAGAAUGGUUCCUCCCGUCGCAUCAAGCCCCGGGCAACCCUCUACCAGCGCACCACGUUCUUCGCUGACGGCAAGUCUCGCUCAGUGCGCAAUCCUGUGGCCUUCCUGCAAGGUAGUACUAUCAGAGGGAGGAGGACCGAGAACUGGAACAACAAGCUGUUGAAGAUACCGCCUAUCACCCCUACGCUGACCAACUGUGGCAUUAUCAAAUUAGAGUACUUUCUUACUAUCUGCCUUGAUAUCACCGGUGCCAUGAACCUGAAUCUCCAUCUACCCAUCGUGAUCGGCACUGUACCCCUCAGAGCGCCCCCCUACACCCCAUUUGAUCCUCUUGCCGUAGGGAGCAUGGAUCUUGGCUUCGCUGGGAUGUUCCCCUCCCCACCCAUUGCAGACAUAGCCCCGCCUAGUUAUGCAGAAUGCCUGUUUGGUGCUGUGGAUAUUCGUGAUGAUGAAACUGAAGACAUGAUGGGCGACACACUGAUGUUCACACCGAUGUAUACCUACGUACCAAACUAUGAGUUCAGACAACCACCGCCUCCUUACUCACCCACGGAUCCCAAUGCCUCAAUAGCCCACAGUUCAUCGGAUCAUUACCGCGCCUGUGUGUCUUGACAAGAUGGCAACUCCACCGCCUAGCUACAAGUCUUAGCAUUGCUGCCCGGACUGAAAUGAUGAAUCCUGUAGCAGAGUAGCAGGUAGGACGAGAAACGAUGUGCAAUAGGAGUUGUCGACACUGACAAAACCCAGAUAUCAGUCCUACCAUUACAGGAUUUCCUGCCAUUAUUGCCACUUGUAUUAAUAUUUGCUGAAAAUCUUCCUGCAUCCCUGAAUGUGUCUUUUGCUGCCAUUCUCAAUAGAGCAAUCCAUUAGGCCACGCCCACUGAGCAUAUAGGCAACCACACCUGCACCUCUCAAAUACUACACUUCAUGUUCUAGCUGCAAACACCAUAUGCACAUGCACACAUGUCAUGCAUUGUGCAGGCAUGUCUGACAUUAAUCAUGGCUUUGAUUGGCCAAUCAUCAUGGGGGCGGGGCUUAAUGGAUCAUACGCACAUGCACACAUGUCAUGCAUUGUGCAGGCAUGUCUGACAUUAAUCAUGGCUUUGAUUGGCCAAUCACCAUAGGGGCGGGGCUUAAUGGACCAUACGCACAUGCACACAUGUCAUGCACUGUGCAGGCAUGUCUGACAUUAAUCAUGGCUUUGAUUGGCCAAAUCACCAUGGGGGCGGGGCUUAAUGGACUAUAUGCACAUGCACACAUGUCAUGCAUUGUGCAGGCAUGUCUGACAUUAAUCAUACCUUUGAUUGGCCAAUCACCAUGGGGGCGGGGCUUAAUGGACUAUAUGCACAUGCACACAUGUCAUGCAUUGUGCAGGCAUGUCUGACAUUUAUCAUACCUUUGAUUGGCCAAAUCACCAUGGGGGCGGGGCUUAAUGGACCAUAUGCACAUGCACACAUGUCAUGCAUUGUGCAGGCAUGUCUGACAUUAAUCAUAGCUUUGAUUGGCCAAUCACCAUGGGGGCGGGGCUUAAUGGACCAUACACACAUGUCAUGCAUUAUGCAGGCAUGUCUGACAUUAAUCAUACCUUUCAUUGGCCAAAUCACCAUGGGGCGGGGCUGUCUGACAUUAAUCAUACUUUUGAUUGGCCAAAUUACCAUGGGGGCAGGGCUUAAAUGGCCCGGUCUAUUUCCCCAUCCACAAUGUAAAUCCUGAGGAGGGAUUUUUCUUUCCAACUGCACAGUGAUUUCACAAUUUAAUUGCUGCAAGAGUUACGCCUCAUUAUUUGUUUACAGUAACACAUUUUGGGGGUUUGUUUAACAGCUGUUGGAGAAGUUUUUAUUAUUUCUUAGAUAAAUGUUAUUCCGUUAUUCCAUGGGAAUACAUGUACUAAGUUAUGCUAUAAAGUUUGUAAAAAAAACUGUCCUCAGCUUUUUACAUAUUAUGUAAAGUGCUGAGUUGAGUUUUAACAAUACAUGUAUUUUAAUGAAUUCACUUGACUAGGAUAACUGCCUAUGUUUCAUGUAAGCCUGACACCCCCCCCCCCCAAAAGCCUUAAUGCAAAGUUUGGACCACUGAGGAAUUCGGGAGUGCAGCUGAUUACAAACUAGCUGAAUGCAUGAAUGUGCAUGUGCUUUGCUGCUUUUUUUUCAUUUAGGAGAAAAUAUAAAUGUGAUGAGAAAAUAUCUUCCACAGCACAGCUGAAGUGACCAGCUGACUUUGAAUUUUGCUUUUUUUUCGCGUACUUAUCAUAAAAUUCUAAAAACUAAAAUGCUGUGAGUUCUGGUGGCACUGUGCUAACUUGAACUCCAGUUUGCCUUGUGUAGCCCUUUCAUUUUCACCCAUGGAAAUGCUCCAAAUGCUCUGCUGGACUAUCACCAGCUACAUCUGCAUAUUUCACACUGGCAGCUGUACUAGAAAUGGAUCAUUGUCCCCCUCCCCGAACCCCACCCUGCCCCCAAUAUGUUACUCCAAUGUUGAUGUCAAGAUUUGUAUAUUUGAUUUGAAUAUUUUCCCCACUGUGAGAGCCACAAUAUUCUGCACCGCAUAUGUUUCCCAUACUCGCAUUAUUUCUCAUUGUACUAUCUUACAUUUUCCUGAGCAUGACUAUAUUUGGGCAAAUGAGUGGUAGGGGAGCUGAGGUGGGGGAGUGGACAACCAAUCUUAAAACUUGAAAAAAAACAAAUAUCAAAACAAAGAAAGAAAAUAUGAAACAUGUACAGAGUCUAUUAGAUUUGGAAUCGAAGAAUAAGUAAUUAAAAAAAUAAUAAACACAAUAAAAAAGGCUUUUGCCAAAAGCUGUUGAAAAAAGCCAAUAACCUUAUUUUGUGCAGUAAAGACAGUGUACAAGUACAUGCACAAUUCACUAUUUUUGUAAUGAAUGUGAGCGACAAAAAGUUGUGGAUUGACUUUCUUAAUAUACACAAGUGUAAACUGUUUGUUGGUGAAGAGGUACUUAUUUUUGUAGGUCAUGUACACGUAGUUUGCUUUAGUUUUUUAGCUUUAUGUAUUUGGUAUUUUUUUUCCAGGGUAAUAUAAGUGUUAUAACACAUUACCAUAGUACCACACAAGUAUUAAGUGCACAUACAUAAAACACCAGGUUUUUUAUGUAUUAAGAAAAUUUUCUUCAGUCACAAAGAGUCACUGCAAGUUUGGCCUUUGGUGAUUGUAGAAAGUACAAGUUGACACAGUUUGUAGGAGCCUUUGCAUUUCACAUUUGUAUUUUGUUCGGAUUAGAUUGAAAAAGGACUUUUCAUAGUAUCAGUCCAAUAAUUUGUGUAUUUCAGACGUUGGUGUUAGAGAGCAGGAGUUUGAUAUACAUGUAUGUUCAUAAAAGUGUGAAUUUUCAAGUACUCAGAAGGAUAAAUGUUUGUCAGUCCUGUUCUGCCGUCAAGUAUCGUCGGCCGUAAAAGUGCCCAUCACUUGUUGAUUUUCUGACCAAAAUGUACUAAAUUGAAGCUCACAUUGACAAAUUUCCCUAUUUUUGUGAGGGAGAAAUUUUAAGUGAAAAAAAGUGCCCUGCAUGUUUAUUUGUACAUUACAACAAGCUAGUACAUUGAACAUGUUGACAUGUGUUGACUCACUGUUUAAUCCAAUUGUUUUCAGUGUUCACAUGAAAUUAAAUGCUUUAAUCAAAUUGCAGAAUGUUUAGCAUUUAAUAACUAGUUUUGAGACAUUAAUAUACGCGCAACAGAUUGUUUGCACUACAGCCAUGUUUGAGGUGUGAGCGUUUGUUCACCAGGGAUACGCAGGAGUAGAUCUCUUGUGCUUCAUUGUUAGUGAAUUAACACAACAAAACACACCACCAAGAUGUCUGCUGAAUGCAAUCCAUCUAUAGUGAACUGAAUGUGUAGCAUAACGUGUUCUAUGUGGUGUUUGUGCGCAGUGACACAAAUGUUAUGGUCAUGUUUGUUUAAUGGUGUGUGCUUAUAACCAAGGGGUCAUAAAAUUAAUUUAAGCAAAAUAUUUUUUGGUGGGGAAACAUCCGUACAUCCGUGAACUGUAAGAAAAUAAAGAGUCGCCUUUUGGGGGAAAUUUUCUUUCAAGCGCAUUUCCCCCCUAUUAGUGCCAUUUUAUUUUCGGACUUCAUUCUCAACACACAAAAAAGACGUUUACAAAAGUAAUUGUUCUGUAACACCUAAGCUUCUGCCUUUGACGUCACUGUUUUUUUCUCAUGAAUAUGGAAAACCAAAGAAGCCGAAAUCGGAAUACAGAGACUGAAAAAGAAUGGGGAACAAAAGAUGCAUUUCAAAGUUUGUAUUAAACAUUGGUGGUAUGGCACUUUAAUGAAUGGUGUAAUCGUGUGAUUGUGAUUCACGCCACCUCUGAUGGUUGAAUUGCAUUUUGCUGCACCGUUGUCAUAUUUAUUUAUUCAUUUUCUUUACCCAGGGUAUGCCCAACUAAUUUAAAAACUGGUUUCCAUUGGGGCCCUGCAUACAUUACAUAUUAUUAGAUAAUGUUAAGUAAACUUCAACUCAUAAGGAAACGUUUGUUGAUGAAACAGACGACGAACUUUAUAAUAUUCUUAUUCUAUCCACUAAAGAUAAGGCAUGCGCAAACCAAUUAGAAAGGGCUUCGUUGUGUCCAAAUUUCACGCUACACUGGUAGAAUCAGUGUAUAUGUAUACCAUUAACCCUAACCGAACUCAACCCAUCAAAGCCCAACAGCAUGUUUUGUUUAAAUCUGUUGGGAUAGGUACAGUUUCCCUAAACAGAUGGUCUUUUACACUGGGGUUUGGCAUACCUCCAGAAACUAAAGUCCAACAGUGCGUGUGUACAAUCCCAUGUGGGUGUUGGAAUUUGCCAGAAAAGGUAUGGUUCCUAGUGAAUUAGGCUGGGGAGUUAGGGUUAAUGAGAGGCCCAGUUGUAUUGAGCGGUCGACCAGACAAUGCUGCUUAUGCAAAUUAACAUGUCAAUUGGAAACAAUCAGCUGAACGAAGACAGCAUUUAUUUAUUAAACAUUGUGAGAAAUGAAGCGGCCUCCUAAAACACAUCGAAAUUGGCGCCCUACCAAGAUACCCACACGAACGCAAGCAUUGUAUUUAGGAAGUGUUUUUAAAAUAAAGUUCGAAAGAAUAUUCAAACGAAAGCUAAUAUAUGUAAUAUAAAUAACGUGUAGUUUCCCUUGACUGUUUAACAGAAGUUGUUGUAAUUUUGUAUUAUUUAUAUUUAAUUUUGCGUUGGUUGUUGGUGCAUGUUUAUUGCAUUGGUUGGUGGUGCAUGUUUAUACGCUAUGAAUGUUGACCAAACGGUUAGGAUUUAUUAUGGUUAACGUUUAGUUUGUAAUAUAUGAAAUAUGCUGAUUGAAAUACUGAGGGGAAAAUAUUGUUUGCGAAUCACUUCAUUUUUAUGUUAUUAUGUUUGUAAAGUGACAGCUUUUGUAAAAUGCUAAAUUCUAGGCAAAAGCCAUAGAAAAAAAAAUUAAUGAUUUGUUGUAAUGCUUUUGAAAAAUUGGAAUUUCUGAACGUAACAUCAGCAGUUAGAUUCAUAUGGUUUUGAUCUUUGAAUUCCGCAUAUAACUUAAGGUUUCAGAGUAUCAUCCAUAUAUGUGUAAAACAAGUUAGUUUGAAUAACAAUAUAAACUAAGGUACCAGUCUGUGCAAUUUGGUAGUGUGGUUAACAGUGUGAAGUGUAUCUGUAUCACGUCCGCAUUAACGCUUGUUACUCGUGCUUCUCUCGUUUCAUUGUAUAAUGAUGUACAUGUAUUUAUAAAUUAAUGUACCGCGCCGUUUCACCUUUACGCAGACCAAAUGGAUUAAGCAUUUACCGACGUGUUUUCUUGAAAUAAAAUUUGUUUUGUUGUUUUUCUCAAUAAAAAGUUAAAACUGAAG